AUGCCACCAGCACCCUACGACUCAGAACCAGAUGUCUGCUUGAUUUGUUUGAAUGAGUUCAAAUUGAAGGUCGGAUGUAUCGUUCUUCCAUGCGCUCAUCUCUUUCAUGCUGAAUGUAUCUUUAAAUGGUUUAAUCAAAAUGUUGCUUGUCCUAAUUGCAUUUUUACGAUCUACGAGGAGGUUCCGAACCAUUUCCCAAGCAAAGAUACCGACUCGGAGGAUGAAUCAUCUUCAAGCUCUUCUUCAAGCUCUUCAUCAUCAUCAAGCUCUUUGCAAUCAUCAAGUUCAUCAUCCUCUAGGUCAUCAUCGUCCGACACUCAACAUCGUCCUCGAGUUCAAGAUCGCUUUCAGGCUCCUCAUUGUCCUCGAGGUCAUCAUCAAUUUCACACUGGACAUCUUCCUCACGUUCGAGAUCGCCUUCAGGUUCAUCAUUAUCCUCAAGUUCAUCAUUAUCCUCAAGGUCUGCAUUUUCAUCAAGCACCGGGUCAUCAUGAUCCCGUUCUUCGAAUAGGGAUAAUACUGCUGCGCCAUGAGCAAGGUGCUCCAGGCAAAACUCGACAUUUCAAAGACUACAAACAUCGUUUAUCUCUUGACCACGAGAAACUCAAUUUAUAUUUGCGAAAGAAGAUGCUUCAAGAUGCCAAGUUAUUUUUGUGUGGCAAGGUACAAGACUCCAGAACUGAACUUCAACUAUAG